UUCUGAACAUCAAGUAGAAGAUUUAUUAAAAAUUGUAGAGGGAAUAUAUCCUGCUAUAGACUAUAAAAUCCCUAAAUUUGAGCAGAAUACAGUCCAUAAAUUUAACUCGAAAUUAUAUGAUUAUUUUACAGAUAUGCACUUUUUAGAUGACACAGAAACAAUUUUUAAUGAAUAUCGAAAAGGGACAAAAACUGUUUGGUUCCCAAUGAUUAAUUUUGUGAAACAUAGAAAUAUUUUAAUAACAG